AUGAAAUUGAGCAGUUUUUUAACUUCUGCCUUGUCGAUAUGCAGUUUUGCCGUACCGGCGCUAGCGUACAGUGAUGAUGUCAUAAUGGUCAAGUCGAUUGAGCAGUACUACGAAACGUGCAAUAGAAAUGAUUCAUACACUAUGAUUAAAUAUUACACUUCGUGGUGCCAACAUUGUAAGACAUUAGCUCCAGUGUACGAAGAACUUGGCGAGCUAUUCACCAAAAAUGCCAAUGAAGAUGACAUUCCAAUUAAUUUCCUCGAAGUCAACUGUGAAUUUUUUGGGCCAACAUUAUGCACUGACUUGCCUGGAUUCCCUAUCAUUGAAUUUAUUAAACCACGUACAAAGUCAUUAAACCUUCCUCAGAUUGACCAGUCUUCUAUGAAGUUCUAUGAAAGAUUGUGGUACAGGAUUAAGAAGUGGUUMCACGAUCCCAAAUGGCAACUGGAUCCAUCUAGGGUUGUUCGAUUUGAAGGAAGUAGGAAUCUAAAGAGUCUAACUAACUUCAUCGAUGGAGUGAGAAGUAAAGAUUCAGAGAGAAGACUGAUUGAACAAAUUUUUGAUGAUUCCAAAGAUUGCGGCGAUGAAUUACGUUCUCAACAGUCACUAUGCAAAGCCGGUAAAGAAUACUAUUCGGCAACCCUAUCUGAACUAUACGAAGAUAUGGAUGGAUUAAGAAAGGAACGAUUGAGGUUAGAAAGACUGGUCAAGCAAAAUAUGGAUGACCCAAGCGAAGACACCAAAGACAAGCUAAAAACCAUCCGCCUGCAAUUGAGCCUCUUGUCACACACAGAAGAUCAGUUGCGGUCUACAACUGAACAUGAUGAGCUUUGA